GUGGAAUUGGAACUGCGUGGUGACAUUUCGGUUCGAGCGAGGUUUGGAUCCUUUUCCAUGGCGACUAUAGAGGGCACCGCCAGGCUUUUGAGGCGCGCCGUGGAGCGGGGAGCGCUGCACCCCGCGAACGUGCGCGCCCUCGGGGACUCUCGCCUCUCUUGCGCCGCGCUCGGCUUCGGGGCCUACCGCGUCGGUGGCGGCGACGAGACCGCGCACCACGGCGCGCUCUCCGCGGCCCUGCGCGCUGGCGUGAACCUCGUUGACACCUCGUCGCACUACUCCGCUGGCGGGGGCAAGCCUGGUGGCGGGCACGGCGCGAGCGAGCGCCUGGUGCGCCGCGUCCUCGCCGACGCCGCAGAGGCCGGCCAGGUGUGCCGCGAAGGCGUGGUGAUCUGCACGAAGCUGGGCCACGUCGAGCGCGGCGCAGAGCCGCCGCCGGAGUCGGUGGUGAUCGCGCAGCAGGGCGAUGUGCACGGGGAGGAUUGGCACUCGAUCGACCCCGGGUUCGUGGAGGCGGAGGUGCGCGCCAGCGGCGAGCGCCUCGGGACCCCCCCAGACUUCGUCCUGCUGCAUAACCCGGAGUACUUCCUCUCGGCGCAGCUGGUCAAGAGGGUUCCCAUCGCUGACGCCUGGGACGAGAUGUACGACAGGCUGGAGCGCGCUUUCGGCGCCUUGGAGGCCCUCUGCGACGAGGGGGCGAUCGGUCACGGCUACGGGGUGAGCGGGAAUUUCCUCUCGUGCCUCUUCUCCACGACGGGCCGUCCCAACCUGUAUGAGGCGCUGGCCCUCGACCGCGUGGUCGACGCCGCCGCGCGCGCCGCGCGCCGCCGCGGCGGCUCGGGGCACCGCCUCCGGCUGGCGCAGCUCCCGCUCAACGUCUUCGAGAGCGGGGCCGUGCUGGGGCGGGGGGCGGCCGUGCCAGAGGCCGCGGGGGGCGACUGCGCGGCGGCCGCGGGGCUCAAGGUGGCCCUCAUGAGCAACAGGCCGCUGAACGCGCUCCCGAUGCCUGGCGUCUCCGCGGGGGACUGGGGGCGCAGCGCCUCGCACCUGCGGCUGCGGGACGCGCGGCCCAUGGGCGCGGUGGAGUCGCUGCUGCGGCGGGUGCUCUCGGAGGCGCUGGCGGAGGGCGGGGGCGGCGAUGCCCUGCCGCUGCAGCAGCUGUCCCUGCGGCUCUCGCUGUCCGCCCCGUCGGUGGCCUGCUGCCUCAACGGCAUGCACGACGCGCGAUACGUGCAGGACGCCGCCGCCGUCCUGCAGGCCGCACCUUUUUCGGCGGAGCAGACGGUGCGUGCCCUCCAGGCGGCGCGCUCGGCUGCGGAGGAGCUCGGCUGUGAGCGCCGCGGGCUGUGGUGAGCUCCGCGCGCGCGGCCCGCGGCAUCGAUUUUCGAGCUCUCGCCCCGGCCGGGCGCGGCGCCCUGUUUCACCCUCUCUCUCGCGCCGCCUGGCGCAAGGCUCGUUGGCUUGCGUGGAUGCCCGCGCUCAACGCAUCCAUGGGAUCGUGCCGCGGUAUCUUGAGUGCUAGGGCCCCUAGCCUAGUGCAUGGAUGUGGAUAUGUUUGUCGCUCGUGAGCGGCGCGUACCUGUACAGUUACAAGCAGGUCAACAUUAUGUUCGUUCAAUCUCGUCACAGCGCGUUGGUUCCAAGCCCGAUGCGGUCGUACAAUUCUUGCAAGCGGGAUCUUGUCGACAGCCUAUUGCCGUGGUUACGAGUCUGACGCAGUUGCUGAGCCCUGUGCAGUUGCUUGCGACCUAUGUUGGCAGUCUCCGUGCAUGAACAACGGCGGAGUUGGCAGAAAGGCUCGUGAGAUCAGAUCGGCAGGUCCCGCGCGCGACGUGAAGCGUGCAGCUGCGUUGGAAGGCCUUUGCCGCUUUUCGGGCAGUGUUCGCAAUACUGCGAAAUUUCUUGUGUGUGAAGAUUCGUGCGCGAUCUUUCUGAUAUGCCUGGUAUUGAAUUCGGACUACUCUGUUCAGCUGAGAGUCUGCGCGUAAUUUUAGGCAAAACCCUUCAAGUGCUGUGAAGUCUGCGAUGCCUGAUGUCUGGGACGCUUUUGCACUGGGUCUUUCUUGUGCCAGGGUUGGUCUUUCUUUGUGUGUUCGUAGUGGAGUUGCCCACACGCAGAAUCGAGGGUUGUUCUGCCGUCCCUGGUGGCAGCCGGAUGCUCCACCAAUUUCAAGCGACUGGUGUCACGUCGGCUUGGGCCUUGCCUGGGUCGUCGGUGUGGGUGCGCUGCGGGUGUUUCUUCGUGGCAGGACGCAAUGCACGCCCCUACUGUAUCUCAGAGCAGACUUGCAGUGGCGGCGCAGCUGCGUUCUGUCGUGGCCGUGCUGGCCUUGGGGUGCGCGCCUGUGGCUUCCACGUCGGCUCGCGCCGCCCGCUGCGGCCUGUCUGUCCGCAAGGUCCCGUCAAGGAGGCGCGCGCGGCGCGUGCUCGCGUCAGCUGCGCGGCACGGCUCGCGCCCGGCGCAAGCGAAGCAAGC